AUGGAGCGGCAAGGGGAUGUUCAGAGCGAUGAAAAAGGCAUGUUUCUUGAAAUCCCUUUCUAUCAGUUUCUUCUCACUCCAUCGUCAAUAAACAACGACCUGACGCUCAAGGCUAUCUCGAAACAGGCAGAAACAUUCCAUCCUAAGGAUUGGUUCCCUCACGACGAAAAGGCACAUGGAUGGGACGGGCCCCUACACAUUGAGCCUGGAAAGACGAAUCCAUUCACUGAUAAAGUCAUUGAAUCCUACAAGUCCUUUGGGUUGCCGUACAUACCCGACAUGUUCAGCUCUGGCGUGGCGGCUAACGGUUGUGGCCAUGCCGUGAGGACCCAAUACAAGGGAACCCGAUCGACCGCGGCGGAUUUCAUCACCAAGGACCAAGAGAAACCAAACAUUACCAUCAGGCUUCACGCAACUGUCGACAAGGUAGCAGUUGAAGAUGGCGAGGCAAAGUACGUAGAGUACGUCGGAGACGGCGGCCAAAGACACAGCGCCAAAGCGAAGAAGGAAAUUGUCCUGUCUGCCGGCACCUACGGGACCCCAACCAUCCUCUUACGCUCUGGUAUUGGGCCCAAAUCGCAUCUUACCGAGAUGGGAGUUCCCGUCGUCAAGGACCUGCCGGGCGUCGGAGAAAAUCUGCAGGACCAUCAGCUCAUCUUUGUCUACUAUGAACUAAACGAGCCCGAUCUCACUGACGACGCAAGGGUCAGCCACGAUCUAAAUGCCUUCGAGAAUGGGUACAAGGAGUGGACCGAUACGAGGGAUGGCUGGCUGGCCAGCUUUCCCUUCGGCGGGUUCGCCUUCGCCCGCCUCAAUGACCGUCUCGAGGCGGACAGCGAGGAGUGGCGCAACUUUCCGCGGCAGCCAGGCCGUGACCCCAUGGACCUGACCGAGACCCAGCCUAACCUUGAGUUCUUCCACACCAUCUGCUACGGCGGCCCUCCCGAGUACACGGACUUUCCCAAGGCCGGCGAGUGGGCUUUCGCUAUGUGUUGCUUCCUGUGCGGUCUCAAAGGACGCGGCGAGGUCCGAUUGCGGAGCAGGGACCCCGGUGAUAACCCCUAUGUUAACCCCAGAUACCUCGAAGACAGGCGAGACCUGCUAAUGAUGGCCGAGGGCGUCAAAUUUCUUAACGAGAUCAUCAUGAAUGGGGCCGGCACCAAGGACAUCGUCAAAGGCGGCUGGCCAGCGGGCACCGAGCACCAUCUCAACAAGACCAACGAGGACUGGCAGUCGCACGUGCAGAAGUAUGCCUCGACGUCGUACCAUCCGGGCGGCACCUGCAAGCUAGGCCAGGUAGAUGACCCUAUGGCUGUAUUGGACGGAGACGCACAAGUCUACGGUGUCAGGAACCUGCGUGUCGCCGACUGUAGCCUCAUGCCGACGCUUAACAGCGGCCACACGCAGAUGCCGGCGUACGGGAUCGGGGAGCUUGUUGCCGAGUUCAUUCAGAAGAAACAUGGACUUAAAAGCAGGUCGAAGCAGGAUGUUUGA